AUGGAUAUAGUGUUAGGUAUUAGACUUAAAGAUUGCACCAUCAUAUCAGCAUCAAAAGCUGCUACAAGGGGAAUUUCAAUUAUAAAAGACUCAGAUGACAAAACCAGACUUUUAAACAAGCAUAACUUAAUUGCCUUCGUAGGUGAAAGUGGCGACACGGUUCAAUUCGCUGAGUAUAUUCAAGCAAAUGUGCAAUUAUAUUCAAUGAGAGAAAACGACGUUGAGUUAUCCCCGAAAGCAACUGCAUCUUUCGUUCGAAACCAAUUGGCUACCUCCAUUAGAUCUCGUAAGCCCUACCAAGUGAACGUAUUACUUGGAGGAUAUGAUGUGAAGACUGAUAAACCCACAUUAAGUUGGAUAGAUUAUUUGGGUACCCAUGUUGAGCUACCUUAUGCUGCUCACGGAUAUUCAGCAUUUUACUGUACAUCAUUGUUAGAUAAGCAUUAUAGAACUGAUUUGACUUUGGAAGAAGGAUUGGAAGUAUUAAAAUUAUGUUACGAAGAAUUGGAAAGAAGAAUGCCAAUCAAUUUCAAGGGAGUAUUUGUGAAGGUAGUUGAUAAGGAAGGGGUAAGGCCUGUAGAGUGA